AAUCAAAUGAUUCCCCCUUUCAGACUUUACGCAACCUCCCUCACCAAACCUCGUCUAAAUAUCUUAUUUCUGGGACGAGACUUGUUCUCUUGCCUUAACUUGAAAAUACUUCAUGAUGCCAGCGACGUCUGGGAGAGCAUACACGUCGUCACUACGCCAGACAAGCGCGUAGGAAGAAGAGGGAAGGACUUAUCGGUCUCUCCACUUAAGCAAGUGGCAAAGAAAUUUAACCUUCCCAUGUCUUUUGUCCCCGGGGAUCAUCAGGAAUGGAAUAUUCCUCAUCAGUUCCAGUCCUUGUCGCCUGCGAAUGCCAUUAUCACAGCAUCCUUUGGCCACGCAGUCCCAACUUCCGUGCUGGAUUAUUUCGUUCCGUCCCUACGUCUCAACGUUCACCCUUCUAUGCUACCGAAGUAUCGGGGUGCUGCACCAAUACAGAGGGCUAUUGCUGAUGGGUUAUCUUUGACGGGUGUCAGCGUGCUUCAGAUGGAAGAUGUGGCGUUACACGGCUUUGAUUCGGGCCCCAUGUGGGCUCAGAAAACGGUGGCAAUCCCACCUAACGCCUAUUAUCGAGACCUCGAAAGUUUACUGGCGUAUGAAGGAGCCCAUCUUCUUGUGAACACGCUUCGCAACCGUUUGCAUAUACAACCAAUCACCCAAAAUCACGCUUUGGCAUCAAAAGCUCGUUUAGUGACUAAAAGGACCGCCACGAUUAAUUGGGGCACAAUGGACGCGUCCAUGUUGCAUCGCCUACAUCGUGCCAUUAGCCAUCAGCGACCUCUUCAGACUGUAAUUCGAGAGACGAACGUUUCCCUUAAUCUCCUGGACAUCUCGCCUACUGAUAACGAAAUGCCUAUCUCAGAACUCGAUGGGACCCUUACAGAGCCUGGGGAUGCUACCUAUAUCCCUUCUCGGGAAUUCAUCGUUGUGCGCUGCUCUGAUAAUACUCUCAUUCGGGUGCACGUGUUGCAGCUUGAAAACAGGCGGGCACUGCACGCCAAAGAGUGGUGGAAUGGGAUCCGGCCCAACUGGUUGUCUGACAAUCGGAUAUUGCAAUUAGGACAUUCCCCUAACGUAGGUACUCGUAAAGCCAAUGCACAUCCGGACAAGGUACAAUCGGGGUGAAUACACGUGGAAAUAAACUCUGAUAAAUGGAGAAAGUAUGUCAUUAUGUUAGUUGAUUACAAGGUCAUCUUCGAUGGCUUCUUCCUCGUCCUUGUGGUGGCUCUGGUCGGUUUCAUUAGGAACGCUUUGUGACUUGGCGUGCUUCCUCAAUAUUAACUUUCGAGU